GGACAGCUAGCCUUAAAGGAGACCCCGUCGCGCGCAUCCACUCCGAGUUCCAUUGAUUCGACUGGAAAAUCAGACGAAAAACCUUACUUGAAGUGCGAAGAAAUCACCGUUGAAGAAGGCACACCGACAAGACUGGAAAUGAAAGUGGACUUUAACGAAAAUUGUGAGUUCAGCUGGUUAAAGGAAAAUGAUUCUGGAAAACGAACUCAGGUCAAAUGUGACUUCCACUGUGAGCACGUGAUCACGGGAACUUCAGAUCCUGAAGGUCAGGAUUAUUUCGUCCUAUCCAAUUCGGGCCAUUUCGGUGCAGAGGCCACUGAGCGACUGCUGAAAACCAAUAAACUGCUCAAAGAGAAACGUGCUCCAUAUGGAGUUGUGGUUCAGCACCAGCUCAUAUUCUGGGCUGCAAAACUAGAGGACACGGGAAAGUAUUUUGCCGUGGCUCGAACUCCAGCUGGAAGUGGAACUUUCGCUGUGACUGAAGCCCAGUAUCUUCUCACCGUCCAACCCGCCUCCAAAUGGCCCAUUCACCCCAAGCACUCCCCCGAUUUCACUCAGCCCUUGGCGAUUGUGCCCCCCACCGAAGCUCGGAAAACACGCUGCCUGGAACUAAUGUGUACCGUAGCCAGUAACCCAGCUCCCCGUUGUUUAUUUUAUCGGAACAAUACUCCCAUUCCUGUGGUCAUCAUGCCACUACUGACCAACGAAGAUGAUAAACAGGAUUUAUGUCUGAGUUCAUUCUCGCGCAAGUUCACAGUUGUUUCCUCACCAGAUCGGGACGCCAAAGCUCCGAUGUCCAUAGGUUAUCUGCGAAAGUUGUUUUUGCGGAUAAACAGUCCAAUGGCAGAAGAUGCGGCUACCUAUACAUGUCGUGCGUGGAAUGUGCAUGGUCGUGUUGAGACAAGCAUAAACGUCUCUUCGUCAGAUAUACAGAAAGGGACCUCAUUACGCCUCAAUGGUUCCCUCCCACGAGGUAGUUUAUCUCAAAGAAUUGAACAAACGCAAAACGGUGUGCUGAAUUCCGCCAAAGAAAUUCAGAAAACCGCCCAGACACUCGCUGACUUGCAUGCACAAUAUGCAAGACGCAAUCCAAAACAAGCGACAUUGCAACCACAAAGUCCGAUAUCAAUAACUAGGACAAGUCAGCCAAAUGGUACGCUAAUAACCAGAAUCACUAUUUUGCCUUUCAUCUUGAUGGCAGCCACCGGAGUUGCAUGCACAAUACUCCAGAACGUAUUCGAAGCCACCGAUGUCACCCACUCGGAGGAACGCAGCCAACCACGCACAAUUUCCAUAAUCCGAGCUCCUGAGAUGGAAUCUCACCGACGAGUCAGUGGUUCGUCUAUCACCAGUACACAAGAACGAUCGUGGUCCCCCGACUCACACGCUAGUGGAUCAUCAAUCAUAACAAACGGUGGUUCAUUUAUGCGACAAUCGUCGAGACGCUCCAGCGGUCCACGUUUGGUAGUAGACCGCCGAUCACAAAGACGCAAACAAACUGCAAAGAUUCAGCAGCCUGAAUCCUACGGAAAAACAAUGUAAAUUUUCUCUACUUGUUGGGUUUCCUUUCAUGACAAACCUUUCUACUUACUGUGUUCGAUAAUUGCUCACUGUUAAGAAAUUCUGUGCAAAAUAGGCAAAACUGUACGAUUCCUCUCUAAGGAAAUAAGAUCCAUUAUUCAUCCCAGAUUUAUGCGCACCACCAUUGGAGCAGAGCUGUACUUUCCACGGCCGUUUUGAUAACAAACUCUUCGUCUUUCGUGGUUCCCUAACUCACUUCCAUUGUUCAUCCAUCUCUACUGUACAUUCACUCGACUUUAAAUCCGAUAAUAUGACUUUUUUUUACCUCAAC